AUGGAUGAUAUAUACAACCUACCUAUUACGCAGCGUGUAGCUACCACUACACAAGAUAUCGAGAAAGCUAACAAUGCCGACGAACACUUGCGAAAUACUACAGUUAAGAGCCUGACCUGGAGCGGCGUUACAGUUAGUGUGAGGGACCGCUCGACGAAGCAGCCCAAAAAAAUUGUUGAUAAUGUGGAAGGCAUUGUUAGAUCCGGCGAGCUAUGCGCAUUAAUGGGUCCGUCCGGCUGUGGAAAGACAACUUUGCUCAAUGUCCUUGCCCAACGGCCAACUCAUGCCCCUAGCGUGAGUGCCAACGUCCUUGUGAACGGAGUCCGGUUAUCAACAACAUUAUUUCGCACCAUCACAUGCUUUGUAGAGCAAGAAGAUGCUUUUAUCGGUUCUCUUAAUAUUAAAGAAACGCUGAACUUUAGUUCUCGGCUUGCUACUAGUUCCAUCCCAGCUCAUGAACGACUUAAGCGAAUUGAUGCACUCAUUAGCGACUUUGGUCUUAGCGAGCAAGCCGGCACUAUUGUUGGCACACCUAUUCGCAAGGGUAUCUCAGGUGGGCAGAAACGACGACUUGGCGUGGCCAGCCAGCUCAUCACAAGCCCCAAAAUACUCUUUCUUGAUGAACCAACCAGUGGGCUUGACUCUGCGGCCAGCUGGGAGGUUGUCAAGUAUUUGAGUGUCAUAGCUCACCGCCACCACCUCAUUAUCAUUUGCUCCAUUCAUCAGCCCUCUACGGCCACCUUUAACCUCUUCGACAGACUGAUGCUGCUCUCUGGUGGCCAGAUGUACUAUUUUGGUACUGUAAUCGAUAGCUUGCUAUACUUCGAAUCUAUGGGGUUAAGCAUACCCACACACGUUAACCCGGCAGAGUUUCUUAUCGAUGCCCUUAAUGUCGAUUUUGCGCGCGACAAAGCAUUGGCUAAUAGGCGUAUUCAUGAGCUCCAAAGCGGCUGGACGAUGUCCCAACAAGCCGAUGAGAUGAGUCAUCUCCGCUUGGCAACCGAACAGCAGCAAAGUGGUGGUAUGGAAAUAUCAUUAGAUGAACAUCCUAACCUUCUGAGUAUCAUUAUCACUCUGCUGCAUCGCAGUUUCAUUAAGAGCUACCGUGAUGUCGUAGUUUAUGGCAUCCGUGUCGUUAUGUACACUGGCCUCGCCAUCAUGAUGGGCACUGUCUGGGUUCGCCUUAGUCCGGAUCAAGUCUCAAUUCAGCCUUUCAUUAAUGCAAUUUUCUUCGGCUCUGCUUUCAUGUCUUUCAUGGCCGUGGCAUACGUUCCCGCCUUUAUCGAGGAUACGCAGCAGUACAUCAAGGAGCACCGGAACGGACUGUAUGGCCCAGCCGCGUUGAUAAUUUCUAAUUUCUUAAUAGGCCUACCUUAUUUAUUUUUUAUUUCCAUAAUCUUCUCUGUUAUCUCUUACUGGCUCAUUAAUUUCCAGCCUACAGCUCAAGCUUUCUUUAUCUGGGUGAUGUGGCUGUUCUUGGAUCUUAUUUGCGCUGAAUCCCUGGUUGUCUUCAUGACAUGUCUCUUCCCGAGCUUCGUCGUAUCGCUCGCGCUGGUCGCGUUUGCCAACGGUCUUUGGAUGUGCGUUGGAGGCUUCAUGGUCCCACCUACGGUUCUUAAUCCUUUUUAUACAUAUGUAUUCCAUUACUGGGACUAUCAAAAAUACGUUUUCCAGGGUAUGAUGGUAAACGAAUUUGGACACCGAGUUUACUCCUGUGGGAAGGACUGCCUUUGUAUGUACCAGUCAGAUCUUGCGGAUCGGUGUCAAAUCGCAGGGCAAGCCGUGCUAGACCAGUUCGGUUACAAUGAUCACAUCGCUAUGAAUGUUGGGAUCAUGAUUUCUAUAAUUGCUGGUUAUCGGUUAGCGUCUUGGCUUGUUUUACGUUUGCGGGGAGGAGUAUAG